AUGGGCUUUAUUUUUAGCGCUCGCGCGUCUGGGGGCGCUGACGUCUUACACAUUACGGUGCUGGAUGUGUCGGGAUGCCAUCAACUGGGGAACGAGUCGGUUGCGGCGGUUGGUGCCCAACUGUCCAACCGCCUAACCUCCCUGGAUUUAUCAGGCUGCUGGCUGGCGUCUCAGGUGGGGGCCCGUGUCCGAUACACGCUUUUGGGGCGGGCCCUCCGCCUGUCGGGCUGUUGGCGGCUGGCGUCAGGAGGUCCGCUGAACCCGGUAGUUGAGGCUGAGGAGGGUAUUGAAGUUCAGCAGCCACCCCAGUAUGUAGUGGAGGGUGGUGAGGCAGGAGUUGCAGCUUUGCAGGGAGAAGGGCGACCGCCGCAGGUUCAUGUGCUGCUUCGCUGCACCCCGGCACUACAAGAGCUGGACUUAUCGGGCAUAGUGGCUCUAAGUGACGUGGACCUCCAGGUCUUGUGGUCCACGGAGCCAACCACAGGCGGUGAGGACCGCGUUGGCGGCAGUAGCGCCAGUGCCGGUUGCGGUGGGAGCGGUGGAAAGGCAGAGGUGCAUGACGGGAUCUUGCCUUGCAGCCAGACGCUCACGUCUCUCUCGCUAUCCUCCACUUCCAUCUCCUCCCGGGUGCCCCCGUUACUGGUGGCCUCCUGCCCCUCACUGGCGCACAUGAGGGUCAGCUACUGCCACCAGCUCACGGGCUGUAGCAUCCUAGCGGCGGCACGCAUACGGGCCGCACAGAUAAGGGCAGCAGUCGGGGCCACCGGGACAGGGCCCGGAGGUCGGGGGUUAGACGGAGACGGAGACACAUGCAGCCACUUGAAGGCAGGGCCCGAUGAAGCGGAAACCAGCAGAACCUCCGCUACCUCCGGUGGCAGUGGCGAUAACGGGCUGGGGGCAACAGUAGCAGGAGCCGAAGGAGCGGCAGCAGCAGGGUUCUUGGGGCGAGUGGAGGGCUUCCGGACGCUUUGUGCUGCAGGGUUGUCACACUGGGAUGAGGAGCCGGAGGUUGUGUUAGGGGAGGUUUUAAUCCGGCGACUGGUGGAUAGGGCAGAGCAAUCAGUGCAAGCUGGCGUCGGAGGUGGUGGAAGACAUGGCGGAAGCGGCGUCAGCAUUGAAGUGGCCAGUGGCGACGGAGGCGGAGGUGCAGGCAGUGGAGUCAGGUCGGAGGCGCUCACCGCGGAAGCCCUGGGCCGCGCCGGUAUGGUGGAGGACCUGUUUGACUCUAGUGGACCCGAUGGUUGCGGUUUGGCGAUGGACGGCGUCACGUAUCUUGAUCUGUCGGGGACAGCGCAGUUUUCCGACAUGGCUGCAGCCCGCCUGUCCGCGUGCUGUUACCGUCUGAGUGGUCUUUGCCUGGCUGGUUGCUUCCAUCUGAGUGACGAGGGGCUGAGUCAUCUGAGGGCCCUCACCCGCCUCACCUCCCUGGACCUAACCAACUGCACACCUGGUCCGGGCGCCCAACGGUGUCGGGCUCCGGGCUCCGCAUUCAAUCGACCCACUUCCUCCGAGGGACCAACCGCUUACCCAGCUUCCGGCAACCGCAGCAAACGACCCCGCCAUGGGGGCGUCACCGAUCGCGGCCUGGCCGUACUCCUUGCUGACCUAGUCCAGCCCCGGCAGGUGCAGCCAUUUGAGCGACCGCCUGCAGGGCUACGACAGCUGGAGCAGCAGCAGGACAAGCUCGCCGGUAUUGGCCCCUUCCGCAUCCUCAGACUGGGCGGUACACUGGCCGGGGAGGCCGCAUUGCGGUCGGUGGCGGGUGUUAGUCGUCUGGAUAUGGCGAAUUGCAAGGGGGCCACUGACCUGGGGGUCCUGCAGGCUCUGGAGCGCUCUCCCCGGCUGCAGGUGCUCAAACUAUCCGGUUGUCCACAACUCACUGCUGCGGCGCUAGGCUGCAGUGACCUCGGACCCCGCUACAGGCAGUCGGCCGCGGCAUGUGAGAGUGGGGAGCCACGGACUGCCGCCUCCGCAGGCAACAACCGGUCGCGUAACUUGUUAGAGGUCAGUCUACCCGGAGGAUUGUCGUACGACGCUGCAGUCAGGUGGCUGCUGGGAGGCGUCGACAGUGAAGAUAUAGGCACGGGCGUAUCGGCACGCACUUAUGUGCCGGGCAGUAAUACGCUUUGGGCUUUACAGAGCUUGGAUCUGGGCGCACCCCUUCUGUCGUCGUCCUCGUCGUUCCGAGCAGUGAAUGCGAUGGCGUCUAUGGCAGGCACGGUGACCAGAAGGGUUGCCGCAGGAAUCACAGAUGACUUGUUGCAGCGCUUGCCGUCCUGCUGUCCGCUGUUACGGACACUGAGGCUGCGUGGCGCCGUGGCCGUCACGGACGCGGGCGCGGGUACAGUGCUGCGGGGCUGUCGGCUGCUGCGGCGCUUCAUGCUGACUGGUUCUCCGCAUGUGACGGAUGCCACACUAGCCCUUGCGAUCCGUGUUGUGGAGUUUGAGACGGAGAAGGCGGCCGCGGUGGCAGUGGAGGAGAGCAGUCUUCUGCACCUGGAUCUGUCUGACUCAGAAUCCAUCACCGGUCGCUUUCUUCUGGCUGGAACUGCGGCAGCUGUCGCGGCAGCCAGCAAUGGUGACAAUCAGACAGCCGCAACCCCUCCCGAGGAGAACUGUCCGCAGCUGAGUGGCCUGGCCUUGGUAGCAUUACUGGGCCGUUGUCCACACCUUCGGGAGCUGACGGCGGCACUGGAUGCGGAUGGGUUGGGAGCAGCUGCACGUUUCUGCCCCAGCCUGAGCAGCCUCCGUGUAACGACAGGGCUGCCCGCAGCAGCAGUCGUGGCACAGCCGGCGCUCAAUAUGAAGGCGGCGAUGAUAUCAGGGGGAUCAGCGCCGCAACAGCUGAAGGCUUGGCCCGUGGAUUGGGGUCACGAUGGACAGGAUGAUGCGGCGAGGCUAGGUGGACGAUGCGGAAGCUUUAACGCACAGCUGCAACAUCAGUAUGGAUCAUUGCCACCACCUUCGUCCUCGCCGGUGUCUGGACGGGAUCUAUGGAGCGGACUUACACGGCUGGUCGUGCCGGCAGCCCUGCGCCAGGACACUAACUUGCGGAAAUGGGCAGCAGAUCGACCGUGGUUGCAAGUGACGAACAGCUGA